UUCUGUUAAUUUUUUCUAAUGGCGUUUUGCUCGCUCUCAUACACUGCAUUAGUAUUGGUAUUCGAUCACCGGUAUGGAUUAUAUGAACAACUUGGUGGCCCACGAAUGCAGACCGGCCUCAUGUAGAGAUUUCGGAGCUUCCGUAGUGAAGGCGAGCAAGCGGGAAGAAAUUACCACGUUAUCCAUGGCAGAAGAUGCAAUCGCCUUCAUCGGUCAUCUCGGAUUCAGAGGCAUAGAUGCAUGCAGUGGGUCGAUGAGGGGCGUUAUUCUCCAACAAAUCCUCAUCCUCACUUCUACCACACCACAUGUGCGGUUCCUUUUCGGAUACACCAUGCUCUUCUCGCAGUUACAACGACAAAAAUUCCUUGCGGUGACCCGGAGUUCAUUGAAUAUCUUGCCAAACCACCCCCGGUUGAUGGACGACUUACGGAUGAGAGGAAAAUGAUGAUUGCGAGACCUAUGGUUGAGCUUGGCUACGAUGUAGAUUUUCGAAGGACAUCUGAAGGAAAAGCGAAAGUGGAAAAGCUCUUGAUCCUUGUUAUUACCGUGCAGCUCAUCCUAGUCAUCCACAGCACAAAAGAUCGUAUCAUUCACUACGCAGAAUCUAUCUAUCUCACCA